ACUAAGGUAUAUAAAGGUUAGGAACACGUUUAAAAAUUCAUAGCUAGUUGCCGCGACAGCAUGCAAACGUGUUCUAGUUUAACUAAAAUUCGACAACUACUGUUAGGGAUUAUAAAUAUCAAACCGGAAAAUGACAGACAUAUAUACAAAAUGUUUGCGAAAACUGACAUCGGAAUACCAAUUACGAUCUCUGGACUAUCCAAGACCUGAUCCUAGCGGAAAACCGGGCAGAGCGUCCCUGUAUGGCGAUCACUAUGGAUUUACACCGGGAACAUGCAAGAGGUGCUCUCGUACGUUUGAUAUAACAUUUGAAAAACGUUCACAGUGUGAUUUCCACAAGGAACCCUCCAGGAAAAUACGUGGUGUCCAGCAUCCUCAUGCUUGUUGCAAUGGCAAAUAUGGUUCGAAAGGAUGCUACAAUGCACCGAGUCACGUGUACAAAGGUAAUAUGUACCUGGACACCGAAGGGUUUUUAACCACGAAGCCUUUAGCAUCUCCCCCAGCGGAUGGCAAUUACGGUGUUUAUGCUAUGGAUACGGAAUCGAUCCACACAAAGAAGGGUCUCGAGAUUUGCAAGGUGACGGUCGUUGACUCCAAAUGCAACGUGGUGUACGAUGAGUACUGUUUACCGACCACCGACAUUAUUGACUACAAUACCAUCUGGAGUGGCAUUAGAGAGGAACACCUUAAGGCUGUCACCAAGACAACCGAGGAGAUGCGAAACGACCUACUAACUCUCUUCAACGAGGACACCAUACUGGUUGGACACGGCCUUGGGAGCGAUCUCAUGCUCUUGAAGAUUUUUCACAGUAAAGUGAUCGACACCCUGAUUUUGUACCCCCACCACCGAGGCCCUCCACUGAGAAGAUCUUUGAAAGACAUCGCUCAAACCGAGCUGAGAAUGACCAUCCAGAAUGGGGUUGGCCAUGACAGCAAAGAAGAUGCCGAGGUGACGAUGCGCCUGUUGCUCAGAAAACUGUAACCGAUGAUAAUGAUUCACGUUACGCUUUAAGCAACGAUAUUAAGGACAGCGUUAUAAAUGAAUUAGCAGGAAUUUAUAAAAACUCGUUUGCACUGAAAUGUGUGUUUGUAUUGUUCUUAUAGUGUGUCUAUUUUGUUUUAGUUGCUUUUAAUUUCCAAUAUCUCUGUGUUGUCAACUGUGUAUGUACAGUAUUGUUGUUCCUUACAAUAUAUGUCCCAAAUCCUGUAUAAUGAAGCUGAAUACGUGUCGAAUAUUUCAUGCUUUCAGUAACAUAACUCUGUUUUAUGCUUUUGUGCAUUUUUAAUUACGUGUGUUUAUGAGUAAUACAUAUGCUAUACCGUC